AUGUCGUACGGAGAUAAAAUGUCGUAUGGACAAGAUAAAAUGUCGUAUGGACAAGAUAAAAUGUCGUACGGUCAAGUUAAAAUGUCGUAUGGACAAGCAAAAAUGUCGUAUGGACAAGAUAAAAUGUCGUAUGGACAAGAUAAAAGAUCGUAUGGACAAGAUAAAAUGUCGUAUGGACAAGAUAAAAUGUCGUAUGGACAAGAUAAAAUGUCGUAUGGACAAGAUAAAAUGUCGUAUAAUCAAGAUAAAACGUCGUACGGACAAGAUAAAAUGUCGUACGGACAAGAUAAAACGUCGUACGGACAAGAUAAAAGAUCGUACGGACAAGUUAAAAAGGCAUGUUUCACAAUAGUUGUUAAACCGAUUUUAAAAAAGUUGCAUGAAAGAAAUAAAAGUCAUAAGAACGAACUAGAUAAUCACCUGAACAACAGAAAAAGCCGUUCAAAUGAAAUAAAAAAUCUUCCAAACAGAAGUAAAGGUUGUAUGAAAUAG